UAUCAAUCAGAAGAACUCAGCUUCCCUCUUCUACUCCUAAAAUUGUUUCAAUAGUUCCUACAUUUCCCACGAUUGCAUCCGCCAUGGCUUCCUCUCUAACUCUCAAGCUAGCAUGCGUUGUAGUUCUCUACAUGACCCUGAGCGCAGCCCUAGCUCAGGCCAUAACCUGCGAUCAGGUCUCAACCUACCUCGGCCAAUGCAUAAACUACGUUAGAGGCUACGGUACUCUGCCUCCAGCCUGCUGCACUGGCAUCAGGUCUCUCAACGCAGCUGCUAUGACCAGCACCGACCGCCAAACCGUAUGCAACUGCUUGAAAAGCGCCACCGACUCCAUCUCUGGUGUCGACGCCACCCUUGCAGCUAAACUCCCCGCCGAGUGUGGAGUCAACCUUCCCGUCUCCAUCAGCGCCAGCACCAACUGCUCAGAGAUCUAGUGAGAAACUGGGGGAGAAAGUUAAAGAUUUUCAGCAGAAGAAAAUAUAAUAAUGAAAGGAGAAAUUAAUAAAAUGCAUGUAUAAAAUGCAAGUGAAUGAGUCUCUUCUAGUGGCCAUGUAUCUUACUGUAAUGAGAGUAGUAUUUUGUCAGAUGUACUAAGGUCGCUUAUACAUAUAUAGUGACCGUAAUCUUUAUAAAAUACAUAGCUAUCU